AUGGCGGCCGAAGGGAAGGUGACGGGGCAGAGCCAGGAGCAGUUCCUUCUGCUCGCCAAGGCGGCCCGUGGCGCCGCCCUCGCCAGCCUCAUCCACCAGGUGCUGGAGGCCCCCGGCAUCUACGUCUUCGGGGAGCUGCUGGACAUGCCCGCCGUUCGGGAGCUGGCCGACAGCGAGUUCUCCCCCGUUUUCCGGCUCCUGACCAUCUUCGCUUACGGCACCUACGCGGACUACCUGGCCGAAGCAGCAAAUCUCCCUCCCUUGACAGAGGCUCAGAAGAACAAACUGAGACAUCUGUCAGUCGUCACUUUGGCUGCCAAGAUCAAGUGCAUCCCCUACUCGGUGCUGCUGGAGCAGCUGCAGCUGAAGAAUGUCCGGCAGCUGGAGGACCUGGUGAUUGAGGCUGUGUACGCAGACGUGCUGCGGGGCAGCCUGGACCAGCGGAACCAGCGCCUGGAGGUGGAUUACAGCAUCGGGAGGGACAUCCGGCGCGAGGAGCUCAGCACCAUCACCCGCACGCUGCAGGAGUGGUGCCAGGGCUGUGAGGUUGUCUUGUCAGGCAUUGAAGAACAAGUGAGCCGGGCCAACCAACACAAAGAGCAGCAGCUGGCGCUGAAGCAGCAGAUAGAGAGUGAGGUGGCAAACCUGAAGAAGACCAUCAAAGUGACUACAGCAGCAGCCGCAGCAGCCACGUCCCAAGACCCAGAACAGCACCUAACAGAGCUCAGGGAGCCAGCCCCUGGCACCAACCAGCGCCAAACGAGCAAGAAAACUUCCAAAGCCAAAGGGCUCCGGGGCAGUGCGAAAAUUUGGUCUAAAUCGAACUAGUUGGGUCUGCCUUCACAACUGGGAGGGUGAGAGGAAAGAGAUCAGGGGAUGAAGGAUCUAGGGUCAAUAGCAAGGGUCCCAAGUGUGAUGUUUCUGAGUUCUUCUCUGAGAUCCAUCUUGCCAGCUAAUUUUCCUGCAUGUUUGUUCUCUUAUCCUCUUUACCAGCUCCCCAGGCAGUGUCUCCCUCCUUUUCAUCACAGCAUUUCACACUCAAAGCUUCCAGGUGUGUGCAUUGCUGUUUCCCCUCAAGCCUCCAUCACCACAGCCAUCUCCUUUCCUCUUUUCUCCCACCGUGUCUUUUGACAGGUCAAUUUAAAGAGCCAUAAACCUUGUCAGUCACCUUUGCACCCACAGGGCAUCACAGAAGCUUGGAAAGAGUGUGGUUGGUGCUCAGCAAUCACUUUGGCUCAGUGAGACCCCUGGGAUCCUUUGCUCCAGGCUGCAGCUGCCAUCUUUGAUUGUUUAAUAUUUGUUUUGCUAGGUGGGAGGGUAGUUUUUGA